UAUAAAAGAGCCUUUCCUCUGGAGCACUGAAGGGGAGGCUAAACAAACAAACAAACCAACAAACAAACCCUAUCUUCAACACAAAUGACCCUGUGAAUCUGGAGAGUGAGAAUCAAUAACACAUAGAGCAAUUCUAUAGACUAGGAAGGGAUCCCCAAGGAUCCCCGUCUAACCCAGUCCCCUGCAUGGCAUGCUCUUGUUUUGUGUAUUACACUUUUAAUUGUGAUGUAUUCAAUUUAUUAUUAUUAUUUUUAUCAAACUCUUGUUAUGGAAAUUGCCAGGGUGGAUGGGUUUUAUGCUUCUUCACUCAUUUCAGAUCAGAAUGCAACCAGCUCUUCCAGAGUUGCUAUUGUAUUUACUGCAGCAUGUAAAUCUUGCCUGGGGCUGAUUUAUUUAUUUAUUUUAAGCAAACUUAUAGUUUGGUUUUCUAUGCCUGGCAUUCUAAAUCAUGAAACAGUUAUUAGUAAUUUUAUUGCUGUACCCUUCUGUUUGGUUUGGCAUUGUUUUAUAGAUCUGCACAGUUUCUUUUCUGAAUAUUGCUCACACCGACUGUUAAUUCUUCUUCCACAGCUGAGCCCUGGUUUCUGAGCCCUGCUUCAGAGAGAAUGGAAGGAGAAGGAGAAGACAAACCCACUGAAAGGAAACUGACAAGACUCCUAGUGCUAGCUGCAAUGACUGCUGGUUUUGGAUCGUCUUUUCAAUAUGGCUACAACGUCUUUGUGAUCAACUACGCAGCAGAGUUCAUUAAAAGCUUUUACAACGAGACCUACUGAUGGAGGAAUCACAUCAGCAUAGACCACAGCUUGCUCCUGUUCCAGUGGGGGCUGACGGUUUCAUUCUUCCCAGUCGGAGGCAUGGUUGGGUCUCUUUUGGUGGCUCCCCUGGCAGAUAACUGUGGCAGAAAACGUACUUUGCAGGUGAAUAAUAUUUUGGCCAUCAUCUCUGCUGUUCUCAUGGGCUGCUCCAGAGCAAUGAACUCCUUUGAGUUCAUCAUCUUUUCACGUUUGGUUAUUGGAAUAUGUGCAGGGAUCUCCUUCAGCGUGGUUCCCAUGUACCUCACAGAGAUUGCCCCCGAGAACCUGCGAGGAGCCAUAGCCAUCACUGGCCAUUUCUUUAUCAUCUUUGGUAGCCUGAUGGCUCGCAUAUUUGGGCUUGACAAACUCCUAGGGACCCAAGAAGGGUGGCCGUUCCUGCUGAGCCUCACUGGGGUUCCGGCAUUGUUUCAGCUCAUCUUCCUGCCAUUCUUCCCCGAAAGUCCUCGGUACCUCCUGAUUCAGAGGCAUGAUGAAAAAGCAGCCAGAGAAGCCUUGGUGAAGCUAAGGGGCUGCGACAACGUGGAGGAUGAAAUUGAAGAGCUCCACGAGGAGGACCUCUCCGAGGAAUUGGAAAAGGAUAUGGACAUCUUUACGAUGUAUCACUUCGAUGACAUAUGGGGCCACCUCGUCUCUGCCGUCGUCUUGAUGGGCGGGCAGCAGCUCACCGGCAUUAAUGCGGCCAGCUAUUAUAUGGAGAUACUCUACAUGUCUAUGGGGUUAGAAAAGAAAAUUGUCGGGUAUAUCAGCAUAACGAUAUACAUUUUGCUUAUGUUCAUAACUCUCCUGGUGAUCCGUUUUGCUGACUCUUCGGGGCACAGAAAUCUCCUACUCAGUGGCUUGGGGAUCUGCAGCAUCACCUGCGUCCUCUUAGCCAUGGCAAUUGAAUUACAGAAGACCAUCUGGUGGAUGUCAUACGUCAGCUCAUCUUUUGUUACCCUCUUCCUCAUUGGACAGUCCAUCGGGCCAGAUCCAGUUCCAGUGGUGAUCAUAGCAGAGCUGUUCCUUCAGUCAUCCCGCUCCACUGCCUUCAUGGCUGGGGGCUGUGUUCACUGGUUCUGCAAAUUUGUUAUCGGAAUCGUGUUCCUUCAGACGGAGGUAAGUGGGUUUGGCUAAUACAUCCAAGGUUCUCUUAGAGGAGUCCCAUGUCAUCGAACCUGAGCUUCCACAGACUCCACCUCCCAUAAGGCAC